GCCGAGAGCGCCGCCGCCGCCGCCUUUCCGGGCUGAUGGAGCCGGCCAUCCUUCGGGCUCCGGCCGCGGCCCCUUCUGCCUCCUAGGACGGGCGCCGGGCGAGAGAGGCCGGGACGGAGGGAGGGACUGUGUGGGUCGUUGCCCUCGCCGCCGCCGCCGCCGGUGUUCCUCCUCCGCCUCAGCCAUGUAUUUCCUCAGCGGGUGGCCCAAGAGGCUGCUGUGCCCCGUGGAGGCUCAGGAGCCCCCGCUCCGAAUCGAGGCGGACCCGCACCGGACUUUGUUCGCCGUGUUGUCCCUGUCUCAGCUCUCCAUCUGGUACAACCGGCCCAGUGUCUUAAUUGUAAGCUAUAAAGAAUCACAAAAAGCAGCAUUGCAAUUUGGACACUAUGCCCAAUCCAAAUGGAAGCCUGACAGCACCAUGAUAGCUAUUUCGACUGCAAAUGGAUACAUCUUGUUUUUCAGUCUUUCAUCUGCAAGAGACAAAUAUCUUUAUGAACCAGUUUAUCCCAAAGGAAGCCCACAUGUGAAGGGAACACCGCACUAUAAGGAAGAACAGUGUGCCCCAUCAUUAAAUCUAGAGAAGAAGCACAUACUGGAUUUACAAGCAUCUGUAACAAGUUUACAGUCUAUGCUAGAAGACCUACUUGUUGCUACAGCUGAUGGCCUCCUUCAUCUUAUUCACUGGGAUGGCAUGACAAAUGGAAGGAAGGCUAUUAACCUCUGUACAGUACCAUUUUCUGUGGACCUGCAUUCUUCUAGAGGUUCAUUCCUUGGAUUUGAAGAUGUACACAUAAGAGAUAUGGAAUACUGUGCUACUCUUGAUGGGUUUGCUGUUGUGUUUAAUGAUGGCAGAGUUGGUUUUAUUACACCAAUGUCAAAUGGAUUUACAGCAGAGAAACUCCAUGGAGUUUGGGCACAGGAUGUUUCUGAUGGAAUGUGUGUGGCUGUAAAUAACAAAUACAGGCUGAUGGCAUUUGGAUGUGCAAGUGGCUCGGUGCAAGUUUAUACAAUUGAUAGUUCUACAGGAGCCAUGCAGCUCUCUCACAAACUGGAGCUAACACCCAAACAAUAUCCUGAUAUUUGGAACAAAACAGGAGCUGUUAAACUAAUCAGAUGGUCUCCUGAUAAUUGUGUUGUGAUGGUGACCUGGGAAUAUGGUGGUCUUUCCUUAUGGAGCGUAUUUGGUGCCCAGCUUAUCUGUACCCUGGGAGGAGACUUUGCUUAUCAAUCAAAUGGUACCAAAAAAGACCCUUUAAAGAUCAACUCUAUGAGUUGGGGAUCAGAAGGUUAUCAUUUGUGGGUGAUUGAUGGAAAUAGCUCUGCUAAUUCAGUGACAAAAAGAAAGUGUGAAAAUAAAUCCCAACAUGCUGGGAUUUUGCAGUUUCAGUUCAUCAAGAGUGCACUCGCAGUUAAUCCUUGCAUAAGCAACCAGGAGCAGGUUCUCCUUCAGGGAGAAGAUCGCUUGUACUUGAACUGUGGAGAUGCCAUCCAAGCGCAGAAUCCUAGAAGUUUAUCAGCACACUCUGAACAUAAGACUGUCAGAAGCCAGUACUCAGAUGGAAGCUUAGAUUCUCAGGGUUUAAGCACUUUAUUAGGGCACAGACAUUGGCAUGUUAUACAGAUACACAGCAUCUAUUUGGAGAUCAAUUGGCCUAUAAGGUACUCGGCCAUUGAUAAAAUGGGGCAGAAUGUAGCUGUGGUUGGCAAGUUUGGUUUUGCGCAUUACUCUUUGCUUUCUAAAAAAUGGAAACUGUUUGGAAACAUAACGCAGGAACAAAAUAUGACUGUGACAGGUGGCUUAGCAUGGUGGAAUGAUUUCAUAGUCAUUGCUUGUUAUAACUUAAGUGACCGUCAAGAAGAGUUAAGGGUCUAUUUGAGAACAGCAAAUCUAGACAAUGCAUUUGCCCAUAUCACCAAAGUACAGGCAGAAACAUUGUUACUCAGUGUCUUUCGGGACAUCGUUAUUUUGUUCAGAGCAGACUGUUCUAUUUGCCUUUAUAGUAUUAAAAGAAAAUCUGAUGGUCCCAACCCAACUGCCAGUAUUCAGGUUCUUCAGGAGGUUUCAAUGUCACGUUACAUUCCUCAUCCUUUCCUUGUUGUGUCUGUUACUUUGACCUCUGUAAGAACAGAGACAGGAAUUAGCUUGAAAAUGCCACCACAGGCCUGUGAAGCAGAAAGCAUUAUGUUAAACUUAGCAGGACAGUUAAUUAUGUUACAAAGGGAUCGAUCUGGCCCGCAAAUACGAGAAAAGGAGAGUACUCCAAACCAAAGGAAACUUUUGCCAUUUUGUACUCCAGUUGUACUUGCCCAAUCAGUUGAAAAUGUUUGGACCACAUGCCGUUCUAAUAAACAGAAACGGCAUUUAUUGGAGGCUCUUUGGCUCAGCUGUGGUGGAUCAGGUAUGAAAGUCUGGCUUCCUUUGUUUCCCAGGGACCACCGCAAGCCACAUUCCUUUCUGUCAAGACGGAUCAUGCUGCCGUUCCACAUUAACAUAUACCCCUUGGCUGUUCUGUUUGAAGAUGCCUUGGUUCUUGGUGCUGUCAAUGACACUGUGCCCUAUGACUGUUUAUAUACUCACAGCAGUGCUGUAGAACACUUAGAGGUCCUUUUCCCUUUCUGUAUUGUUGAGAGAACAUCUCAGAUCUACCUCCAUCACAUUUUACGUCAGCUUUUGGUGAGGAAUCUGGGCGAACAAGCCUUGCUUUUGGCUCACUCCUGUGCCACAUUACCAUAUUUUCCUCAUGUGCUAGAACUGAUGCUUCAUGAAGUACUGGAAGAAGAAGCUACCUCGCGGGAUCCCAUUCCCGACCCUCUACUUCCCACUGUGGCUAAAUUCAUUACAGAAUUCCCCCUCUUCCUCCAGACAGUUGUUCAUUGUGCUAGGAAGACAGAAUAUGCCUUGUGGAAUUAUCUCUUUGCUGCUGUUGGAAACCCAAAAGACUUGUUUGAAGAGUGUUUAAUGGCCCAGGAUUUAGAUACGGCCGCUUCUUACCUUAUCAUUCUGCAGAACAUGGAAGUUCCAGCAGUUAGCAGGCAGCAUGCAACUUUGUUGUUCAAUACUGCUUUAGAGCAGGGAAAGUGGGAUCUUUGUCGGCACAUGAUCAGGUUUCUCAAAGCCAUUGGCUCUGGAGAAUCGGAUACACCUCCUCCUACACCUACUACUCAGGAACCUAGUUCAAGUGGUGGCUUUGAGUUCUUCAGGCAUCGCAGCAUUAGUUUGUCUCAGUCUGGAGACAGCCUUCCAGCUGGCAAAUUUAACCUGCAGAAAACCUUGAGCAUGCCAUCUGGCCCAUCUGGCAAAAGGUGGAGUAAAGAUAGUGAUUGUGCAGAGAAUAUGUACAUUGAUAUGAUGCUCUGGCGACAUGCUCGGCGCCUUCUUGAAGAGAUUAGACUGAAGGACCUAGGUUGCUUUGCUGCCCAGCUGGGCUUUGAACUCAUCGGCUGGUUGUGUAAGGAGCGCACCAGGGCUGCCCGUGUAGAGGAUUUUGUCAUUGCUUUGAAGAAACUGCAUCAUGACUUCCUUUGGCCAUUUCCAAUUAAUCCAGUUUGUUCCAUUAAUUCGCCUCUCAAGAAUGGAAAGUAUAGGACAGUGCUAGGUGAGCAACUCUUGAAGUCACAGUCUGCUGAUAGCUUUUUGAACAUGGAUGUGGACACCAGUGCUGCAAACAUGCCAAGAAGUCAUAGCUGGCUUGGCACCCUUAGUUCCUCCCAAAGAGAGAUGGAUGCAGCAUCAUCCCAUGGACCUCACAUGCAGGAGGCAUUUCUUUCACCUUUGUUGAAUAAAGGUGAUGAAUGCAGUAUUGGUUCAGCCACAGACUUGACAGAAACUAGCUCUAUAGUGGAUGGAGACUGGACGAUGGUGGAUGAAAACUUCUCCACUCUGAGUUUAACACAGUCUGAGUUGGAACAUAUCUCUUUGGAGCUGGCCAGCAAAGGGCCACACAAAUCACAGGUUCAGCUGCGGUAUUUGCUUCAUAUUUUUAUGGAAGCAGGAUGUCUGGACUGGUGCAUUAUUAUAGGCCUUAUUCUCCGAGAAUCUUCAAUCAUCAGUCAAGUCUUCAGCCUGAUUCAGUCUUCAGAGGUUGAUGGAGAGAUGUUGCAGAAUAUUAAAACAGGGUUGCAGGCAGUAGAUAAAUGGGCUUCAACAGACUGUCCUGGGUAUAAGCCAUUUUUAACUGUAAUCAAACCACAACUUCAGAAGCUGAGUGAGAUAGCAGAGGAACAAGUGCAACCAGAAGCCUUUCAGCCUAUGAACCUAUCAAGGGUGACCGAACAAGCCAGUCCAAGGGCAGAAGAAAACAGAGGUUCAGCUGGUCACAGUGCCAGUCCUCAAAGUGAUACUGGCAGUAGCAGCACAACUCGACAUGAUGAGGACAUGCUUGGAUUGGAGGAAGAGGAAGAUUUACUCCAGGAAAGUGGUUAUGACUGCACUGUGUCUUAAUAGCUUUGAAACUGUUGGCUGAUCAUAUUAAUAAGAGCACAACUUCUCAAUAAUGAUCUCUAAGAAUAAUUGCUUUUGGAGAAAAGUAAUCAAAGCCUUCAAGAAUGCUAAAUUCUUUUUUUUACUUUAAUAUCUUUUUUUACACAUUGACUAAAGAACUUUCAUAAAUCUGUGAGUGCUUCCCAAUAAGCAGGCUUGCUCAUUCAUUUAUAAAAUUGUCAUUUGGAAAGCUACAAUAUUAUAAUUUGCAUAGAAAAGUAUUUUAUUUUGAAGACUUAGGAUUUUUCUCUUUGUUCCUUAGAUUUUUGUUUUUGGUACUUAACUUGAUCAUGCAGAACAUCUAUUGUAUUGUACAAGAUGACUGUUGGGUUCCUAGAAUACAAACUGCAUCCUGAUAUUGGAAAACAAUUUAAUUAAUCAUUCUGCCUGGAAAAUAAGGCAAUACUUAGGAGUAUGUUUAAUUUUCAGAUUGCCUGGUUUUUGAACCCACAUUUGAAAAUUUUGACAGUUAAGCUAGUUGAGAUGAACAUUUGGUAUAUUCUGCCUAGCUUGAUUGCUUAGAGGAAAUGAUGGCAUGAUUGAGCUAGGCUGUGUCUGUUCUAGAGAUUAUGUUGUUUGAUAUCACUAAACUUUUGUAUUAAAUAAUUGUAAAAUACAUUGUAUGUUUUGUGAAUACUCUUGUAUAUUCUCAAGGUUACUGUUUAUGCUUUUGGUGCUUGUACCACAGUGAGGGUAGCCCUCUCUGUCUUGCAUGCUUGUACUUCCUACUCCAGAAAAACUAAAGGCAAAGUUGCAUUUCUGUAAGAGUGCAAUAGACUUUGACUCUUCAAGAGAGUACUAUCAGUUGUUUGGGAUUUCAGCUUGUUGUUGGCCUAUUCAGGUGUAUUCCUAAAGAAAAAGAAAUUAAUCAAAUAACUGAAGGUUAUUUAUUUCACUUGUAAAUUCUUCAGUGGAACCUAGUUUUUAUGUAAAUAGGCCUACAUUAUAUACUGCUUUUAAUGCUUCAUAGUGACAGUGUACAGUGUAUAUAGACCACCACCUUGCAAAUAUUUUAUAAUGCUUAUACUUGUAACUAAUUAAAAAUGUUUAUUUUAACUUUCAUACAACGUUAUGAAAAGCUGGCUGCAGCAGAAUCUCAUGGAUUGCUUUGAGGUACUUAUUUUUUUUCCUCUGCUGUUUUGAAGAUAUGUAAUAUUAAAUACCUGUAACAGUAUUAAAAUUUAGACAUUU